AUGUCCGUCGUAUCACUUUUGGGCGUCAAAGUCCUCAACAACCCUGCUAAAUUCGGUGACUCGUAUCAUUUCGAGAUCACCUUCGAGUGUCUAGAGCAGCUUCAGAAGGAUCUCGAAUGGAAGCUUACCUACGUGGGAUCUGCUACUUCAUCGGAGCAUGACCAGGAGCUAGAUUCCCUCCUCGUCGGGCCAAUCCCCGUCGGCGUGAACAAGUUCAUAUUCGAAGCUGAUCCCCCGAACCUUCGACGCAUCCCUACCUCCGAGAUUCUCGGCGUCACAGUUAUUCUCCUCACAUGCAGCUACGAUGGCCGAGAGUUCGUCCGAGUUGGCUACUACGUCAACAAUGAAUACGACUCAGAAGAGCUCAAUGCUGAGCCCCCCACCAAGCCAGACAUUGACCGCGUGAGGAGGAAUGUGCUGGCAGAGAAGCCUAGAGUGACAAGAUUUGCUAUCAAAUGGGAUACCGAAGACUCAGCCCCCGCCGAAUUCCCACCCGAACAGCCUGAAGCCGACAUAGUCGAAGAUGACGGCGUUAAUUACGGCGCCGAAGAAGUUGAGCUUGAGGAAGGCCUGAAAGCUGAAUUGGCAGCCGCCGAAGCCGAAAAGGGUGAGGAUGAGGAAAUGGCCGGCGCCGACGACACUGCUGGCGUUAAGGAGAAGGAAGACGAUGACUCAGAUGCUGGCAGUGAGGAUCUCGAAGCCGAGAGCAGUGGUAGCGAUGAUGAAGAUGCCGAGGAGGAGGAAGAAGAGGGCGACGCUGAUGACGACAUGGAGAUGGGCGAGGGCGAGCAUGCCGAGGGAUCGAAUGCUGGGAAGCAGCAGGCUCUCCAUCAACAGCCGGGUGCGGUCAUGGUGCAUUAA